UAUAGAACUCGCAAAAUGCAAAGUGGAGAAACACAAUAAGCAAAUUUGAGUUAAUGGACCACCAAGCAUUUUGGAUAAUACUUCCCAUCGUGUGGGCAUGCAUUGCUGUGCUCACCUCCGCUCUAGGAGGCCGGAAGUCUGGCUCAUACACACUUCCCCCAGGCCCCCACCCUUUUCCAAUCAUCGGAAACAUCUUGGAGCUGGGCAACAAACCCCAUCAAGCUGUUGCAAAGCUCUCCAAAACCUAUGAACCCCUUAUGACUCUCAAGCUUGGGAGCAUAACAACCAUAGUCAUUUCCUCUCCAGACAUAGCCAAAGAAGCACUCCAAAAAAAAGACCAAGCCUUCUCCAGCCGAACUAUCCCGGAUACCGGCCGAGUAGCUGACCACCACAAAGUUUCAAUGGUGUGGUUGCCCGCAUUGACUCGUUGGAGGAACCUCAGGAAAGUUUCUGCCACGAAAAUAUUUGCUCCACAACAACUCGAUGCCACACAAGCCCUUCGACAAAAAAAGGUGAAAGAAUUACUUGACCAUAUUAAUCAAUGUUGCAGCAAUGGUGGGGAAGUGGUUGAUAUUGGUCGAGCAGCCUUCAUUACAGUACUUAAUUCCAUAUCAAACACUUUUUUUUCCAUUGACUUAGCACAGUAUAGUUCAAGUGCAUUGUCCCAAGAGUUCCAGGAGCUUGUAUGUGGUGUCAUGGAAGUAGCUGGAAAGCCUAAUAUUGCAGACUAUUUCCCAGUACUUCGUUUAGUUGAUCCACAAGGUGCACGGCGAAGGGCCACCAUUUAUUAUGAAAAAUUGAUGGGGAUUUUUGAUGGUAUCAUCAAGGAACGAGUGCAAUUAAGAGCUUCAUCAGUGAAUUCUAAGGCAAGCAACGAUGUAUUAGAUUCCUUUCUCAAUUUCUCUGAAGAAGAUGGAUCGCAACUUAGCUUCCACGAUUUCAAACAUUUGCUUCUGGAUUUAUUUAUUGCAGGGGUCGACACAACAUCAAGCACUGUUGAAUGGGCACUAGCAGAGUUAAUAAAUAAUCCUGAAAAAAUGGCUAAAGCCCAAGACGAGCUUGAAGAAGUCCUUGGCAAGGAUCGGCUAAUUCAAGAAGUAGACAUCUUAAAGUUUCCCUUUCUACAAGCAAUAGUGAAAGAAACACUUCGUUUGCACCCACCUGUACCUUUUCUAGUUCCUCACAAGGCUGAGACUGAAGUAGAAAUGUGUGGCUUUACUGUGCCCAAAAAUGCACAAAUACUAGUAAACGUGUGGGCAAUGGGACGAGACUCAAGCAUAUGGACAAACCCAGAUUUAUUUAUGCCUGAAAGGUUUUUAGAACAAGACAUUGACUUUAAAGGCCAAUAUUUCGAGCUGAUUCCCUUUGGAGCUGGAAGAAGAAUUUGCCCUGGAUUACCGUUAGCUAAUCGGAUGGUGCACUUGAUGUUGGCAUCUCUUGUACAUUUCUUUAAUUGGAAGCUUGCAGAUGAGAUGAAUCCAGAAAAUAUGGAUAUGAGUGAGACCUUUGGACUCACCUUACACAGGGCCAAGCCUCUCCGGGCUAUUCCAAUCAGAGUGUAACUUCAAUUACUUCUGUUCUUUAGGCCCGUAUAUGUGUGUGAGUAGAAUUGUUUAAUGUUAGGAUUUUCCACGAGCAUUAUCGUUCACCUUUGGUAGUAAUCUUCUUGAAUCUUCAUGCUGUAUUACAAUAAAUUUAAAAAUAAUAUAAUAAUUGCUGAGAAACAGGGUGGACAUGGAACUAUGUUUAUUC